CUGUCAAACUCUCAGUAUUCGGUGGCGGUUUUUGCCUUUAUGUUGUCCAAUUUUUCCUCUUGCCCAAUAAUAUUAAUUUUCGGUAUAACUGUUAUCUGACAGGAAUAUAAUAUUUUUGCACCAGCAACACUUUAUUGCUUAUUCUCAUUCUCGAAUCAAAUAAAUUAUUAAAAUUAAACCAAACCAUGAGGAUGGAGGAGUAUAAAGACUAUCAGGAGUUUCACUUCCACAUAGUCGAUUAUUUAAUAUUCUGUGGUAUGCUGGUUGUAUCUGCUGGAACUGGUAUUUAUUACGGCUACUAUAGAAAAACGGGUGUCAUUGAACAAUGUGAUACAAAAAUGAAACCCGGUCGAAGUUUAAACUUUGGAUCGAAAAAACUAAGUGAGUACCUGCUUGGAUCUCGAAGUCUUGCAACAUUCCCAGUAGCAAUGAGUUUAAUUGGAAGUUACGUGUCAGGUGUAACAGUUCUGGGGACACCAGCGGAGAUCUAUAAUUUUGGCACACAAUAUUGGCUAACAUUGAUACCUGUCAUGUUAAUGGCUUUAACCGUAUCUACGGUGUACCUGCCAGUGUUUACCACUUUAAGAAUCUGUUCAUCCUAUGAAUACUUGGAAUUGCGAUUUAGUUCCGGAAUUCGAAGCUUUGCUUCAUUUUUAUUCAUCAUCGAUGAGAUACUCUUUCUUCCAAUCAUACUCUACGUUCCAGCUAUUGCAUUUAAUCAAGUCACUGGAGUAAACAUUCAUGUUAUAAGCGGCCUUGUUUGUGUAGUUUGUGUAUUUUACACCCUGCUGGGUGGAAUAAAAGCUGUCGUCAGUACCGAUGCCUGGCAGAUACUUGUUAUGUUCAUAUCUGUAACUGUGGUUGUGAUAAUAGGAACUGUGUAUAUCGGAGGACCUGGUGAAGUUAUUAAACGAUCUUCCGAUGGUGGAAGAAUACUUUUUACUAACUUCAAUCCAUCACUUUAUGAAAGACACUCAGUUUGGAGUGUCAUAAUCGGAGGAUAUUUCUAUUGGGUAUCUUUCAACUCGGUCAAUCAAACUAUGGUUCAGCGUUACAUGUCCUUGCCAAACAAAAAAAGUGCUCAGAUAUCAAUAGUUUUAUUUGCUGUCGGAAUAUGCUUAUUUAUAUCGAUAUGUUGCUUUGCCGGACUUUUGAUUUUUGCUUACUACAGCAGAUGUGAUCCUUUAGCUGCUGGAUUAAUACAGACUGACGAUCAACUAUUUCCAGUCUAUGUAAUGCAAAUUGCCGGACACAUUACUGGUAUCCCUGGCUUAUUUAUUGCCGGCAUCUUUGGAGCUUGCCUAAGUUCUCUAUCAGUUGUAUUGAACUGUACAUCAGCAGUUUUACUAGAAGAUAUUGUCAAAGGUUGUUUUAAAAUUAAGCUAAGUGAGAAAGCUUCCACUUUUUUGGUGAAAAGCAGCGUUGUUGUAUUUGGAGUUGUGGCAGCUUUAUUAGUUGUAGUCUUGGAAAAACUUGGAGGUAUUCUUGCAGUUGCUACUUCUUUAUCAGGUAUAGCUGCUGGUACAACUUCGGGUAUAUUCACAUUGGGAAUGCUCAUUCCAUGGAGUAAUACAAAAGGUGCUACUUUUGGUGCUUUGGCUGGUGCUCUAAUAGCUGGAACCGUUUCGUUAGGAUCUCAAGUUUCUAUAGCACAAGGAUUGCUUGUUCCUGAAAAACUGCCAGUUUGGGUGGACGAAUGUCCAGCCAUGUUAAAUUUAACAACACCUUCCAAUCAAGUACCUGAUCAAUCUGAACUAUUUCCAUUGUUUCGAAUAUCGUUCCUAUGGAUUGGACCAAUUGGAAUGUUAACAGUGUUAAUAGUUGGAACUGCCGUUUCAUUUAUAACUGGGCCAACUAAAGUUAGUAAACUUGAUGCUGAUCUUCUUUCACCAGUUAUUCACAGAUUUCUUCCAAAAGAAUGCUUCAUUACGCAAACAAAUGAAGCUAACACAGGACUAACAUAAGACCAGACAAGUUUACAUAGUCUUGGGUGUAAAACUCGUUGUGGGGACCAAAAUGAUUUUUUUUUUCUUAGAAAAAAAAAAUAAACUACCGAUUUUAACUUGAAAAAAGUUUAUAGUAUAUAUUAAAUAUUAAACAAAACAAAAAAUUACGAGUAUAAUUUACUCUUCCAUUAAAAUAUGUAGUAACUUUUUUUUGUGCAAUUAAGUACGUAUUAUGUAUGUAGAUUUAUAUAGUGUAAUUAUUACUCUCGUUUCUUUUUUGUUUUUAGUAAAAAAAAGCUCCUCUUAGUUCUGAAUUUGUAUAGAGUAAAAAUAAGAAAGGUGUUUUGUAACUGUCUAUAUAAUAAUUAUAAUUUUAGAAAAAAAUUACAAAAAAAUAAAAAAUCAUUUAUGUAAAAGGUCGUGCAUGGAACUACCUUUACUUAUGUUUUGAAAUUUUGAUCAAAAAACUCUAUUGAUUAUAGACUUAAUGACAAAAUAUAAACUGUGAUAUUUUUUGGUAUUUGGCAGUAAUAAAGAACAAAAACUCCAA